AUGAUUGAAUACUUACCGAUUUUGCUUUACAUUUGUGUAAGUGCGCUGCUUUCUGGGGUGAUUUUAAGCUUAUCCUUUUUGGUUGCAACUCAAAAAGCAGAUCCAGAGAAAACCUCAGCAUAUGAAUGUGGUUUUGAUCCUUUUGAAGACGCACGCGCAAGAUUUGACAUUCGAUUUUAUCUUGUUGCUAUCUUAUUUAUUAUUUUUGAUCUUGAAGUGACAUUUUUAUUUCCGUGGGCAAUUUCUCUUCGACAUAUUGAUCUAUUUGGAUUUUGGACUAUGAUGGUUUUUUUAAUUAUCCUAACCGUUGGGUUUGUGUAUGAAUGGCGUAAAGGUGCUUUAGAAUGGGAAUAA